AUUUUUUUAAAUGUAGUGGAGAUAGCACAUGGUGGAGAGAAAAAUGGGGUCUAAUAACGAAGAACAAAAAGAAAUAUUUGUUGAAUGUUGAAUAUAUUCCAUAGGUCAUUAACUAUUAUGACUAGCAGAUUACCUUUAGUGAUUAUUUUGGGAGCUACGGGCUCUGGCAAAACGAAAUUGUCUCUAGAAUUAGCCAAGAGAUUUAGUGGAGAAAUCAUUGGUGCUGAUUCGAUACAGGUUUACAAAGCACUUGAUAUUAUUUCUGCAAAAGCAACAGAAACAGAACGGUCUUUGGCUCCUCACCAUCUAAUUGACAUAUUAGAACCACAUGAAAUAUUUACUGUUAUUGAAUAUCGGAAUAGGGCUUUGUCCCUUAUAAAUAACAUACAGGAAAAAAAUAAAUUACCAAUAGUCGUUGGAGGAACAAAUUAUUAUAUAGAGUCGAUCUUGUGGAAAAUUUUAGUAGAAAAUGAAUGUGGACUAGUCGAAAAAAUUGGAGUAUUACCGAAUAACGAGCAUCAGUUACCCAGUGAAGAGUUGCAUAAAAGAUUGAGUCAUAUUGAUCCAGAUAUGGCUAGAAGGUUGCAUCCUAAUAAUAAGAGGAAAAUUUUGAGAUCACUUGAAAUAUUCUAUCAGAAGGGUCGAAAACAUAGUGAUAUUUUAAACGAACAACAUUCUAGCGACAAUGCAUCUGGAUCUGAUGGCGGUCUUCGAUUCCUCAAUUCUUUGGUUCUCUGGUUACAAUGCGAUCAGGAUAUUCUCGACAAAAGGUUAGAUGAACGUGUUGAUAAUAUGUUAGAACAAGGAUUGCUGCAAGAGUUGAUUGCAUUUCAUAAACUUUAUAACGAAAAGCGGAUUCAUGAUAACGAGUCACCUGAUUAUACCAAAGGGAUUUUUCAAUCUAUCGGAUUUAAAGAAUUUCAUGCCUACCUGGUCCUCGAUGAGGAAGAGAGAGCUAGUGAUGAAGGAAAAAAGAAAUUAGAGGAAGGAAUCAGUCUACUAAAAAUGGCCACGAAAAGGUAUGCUAGAAAGCAGAAGAAGUGGAUCGUUAAUCGUUUUCUUGGAAGAAGUGACAGAAAGGUGCCUCCAGUGUAUGGAUUAGAUACAACGGAUGUGUCUCAGUGGAACGAAAACGUUACGAAAGUUGCGGAAGAAAUAGUGGAAAGUUAUGUGUCUAAAACUAAGUGUAAUCAUAACUCCUUACCUGUGCGAUCUGUGAACUCUACGCCAAACAGUGCGGACUUUACUUAUAUCUGUGAGGUUUGUGAUCGUGUGUUUGUGGGAGAUCUUCAGUGGACACUUCAUAGGAAAUCCAACAGGCACAAGAGAGCGUUAGAGAGCAGACAUAAGAAACUGAAGAAAAGCUGAAAUAUUCACUUUGGACGUUGUCUAAAUUAAGAUUUUCAUCACAAGGAGGAAACCAUACAAAAUUUGCCGAAGGGAAAAUGUAUCGUCCUUCCCCAAAGGGUAAGAGGAACGCGCGAACAGGAAACAAACUACCCCGUGGAAAAAUACAUGCUUUACCGUGGCACCAUUCCUCAGAUUCCACAACUGAUCCGUGUGGUGGGAACGCAAUGGAACACCGACUGAUUUAGGGCGAGCAAAAAAGAGGCAGGUUAGGCAACACGUGCAAGCGAGAAAUGAAGAUUUUCGGAUUAGACAGGAUGACGUAAUAGUACAUUAGUGAAGCCGGCUCUUAGACCAGCAGACGAACCAGACCCCAGCCCAGACCAGACCAGUCUCGGUAGACAACCGACUGAAUGCCUACUUGCCCGAUCUUUACAGGAAGGGAAAUGCGAAACACGUGUAUAUAUAUUCAAAGCAACCUUGACACAUUAUAUAAAAAGCGCGGGACUUCGUAACGUGCGUAGGAGACAAUGGUGUGUAGAUAAAUAUAAUACUUAAAUUACGUGUAUCCAUCCAGAAGUGGAGGUAGGACGAAAGUCAUUUUAUUAGAUGUAGUAAGAAGUAAAAACUUGAGUUCGUCGUAACAAAAAGGUUAAAACCGCGUCUUCCAACAUCUAAAAAUGUCUAGAUUUCCUGUACGCAAGCAACUUAUUUACUCAUGGAGUAAAAAUAAUACAUAAGUGAAUUUAUAAAUACAUGUUAUGCGAUUAAAUUUCCUGCAUAUAUUCGGAUGAGGUAUCAUAUUAUUCUGGUAAAUUCUAGUGUUCUCAAAAAAAAAAAAUGCAUAUACAGCCCUCUACUUUUUUUUACCAUCAAUCUUACAAUUACAAUUAAUUACGGGGUUUCUUAACGUAAUUGUAUAUUUAAAAGUAGGGGUUUCAAAUUACUUGCGCGGUGAUAUCGGUCGUAUGAAAAUUAAUUUUUUUAUCGUGAAACAAGUCGAUUAAUAGAUCCAAUUUUUUUUAAUUAUUAUAUAAAUAACCCACCGAGAGACUCUCAUGGUCAACUGGUAGUAAAAUUGUAAUAUGUCUGCGAUUGUGUCGUAUAAUUUUCUAUGUAAAACCUUGACAUUACAAAUUAUAUCAGAAAUAGUUGGUUAACCACUGCCAAGUACAUCCGGUAUCAAAUGAUUUAGGAAUCUGGACGUACAAGUUUUCAAUAUACCGUUAAAUUAUUUAUGAAUGAAUUAUAAAAUUAAUAGACAUUUUCCAAAAAUUACAUACAUUACAAUACGACGACAUUAAAUAAAAAUGUAAAGGUUUUUGUUUUAUUAAAUUCAAUAACUGGUGUUUCUUCCCAAUUCUUGCAAUUGCCCUCUAUAUUUAAGGGAAUAAAUAAAAGCCUUUUUAUAGAAAAUCGAAUUUUAAAUGAACAUUUACGCAAGGCAUAAAAUUAUGUGAGUAUCUAAUUUCGUUUAUUAACACACAUUAUUCCCACUUAUAUUAUUCAUAAAGUUCAUCAUUUUUACUUGAACCUGUAUCCUUGAAAGCUACUUAGUCUCCAAGUGCUAAAUUACGUUUUUUUCUGUCGGUUGUUCAACUUGUUAGUUACAAGGUGAUAAAUAAAUACAUUAGUUGGCCAACUUUUAGAUAAACAAAUUCGUAUACCGAAUAUAGGCUGGAAAAAAGUAAAAGUGACAAAAUAAAUAUUCAUCGGUCGAGAACAAUGGUCUUUCCUGUGGGCAGUAUUUUUUUGUAAUUAUGUUAAAUGGUGUCUGACCUUAUUAUUCGGAUUCAGACUAAAUUAAUGCUAAAGUAACGAAAUUUUUAAAAUUAUAUAUUAUAUAAUUCCUUUCUUCUAUUUUUUUUCCGAU